UGUACAUUCUGUUUGCCACACAGUAUACAACAAACACUUUGCAAGUGCUGUGUACGGUGUGGCUACUGAGCAUUCCUCUGCUUCAUUGUAACAAGAGUGAUAUCCUUGCAACUGAAUAGCAAAACAUAUAGUGCGCUCCUAGAAGCAUCCUGUUCGUGUGAAAAAAAAUAAAAGUUGAUAAUGAAAAUAAUUAUUAGUUUGUUGAUCACCUUGUUGCUCGAUAUGGCACUGGCGCGACCACAGGGCCCCACAACCGAGCCCAUUCCCAUAAUAAGACAAGAGCAAGAGGUCAAUUUCGAUGGCUCGUACAAGUUUUCAUAUGAGACGGGCAAUGGCAUACAAGCGGAUGAGGAGGGCUACUUGAAGAAUGCGGGCUCCGAAGCUGAGGGACAGUCGGCGCAAGGCUCUUUCUCGUACACCUCACCUGAGGGAGUGCCUAUACGCAUUACCUAUUUGGCCGAUGAGAAUGGUUUCCAACCUCAGGGCGAUCAUUUGCCCACUCCACCACCGAUUCCACCAGCAAUCCAGAAGGCGCUCGCUUACUUGGCCACCGCGCCACCACCGCAGGAUCAGAGCAACUCGUUUGCGGGCAAUCGAAGGGUCGUCAUGAGGUCCAAAGUAACGCUACUCGGCUUGUUCGUUGUAGCUACGUUCGCAGCUAUCGCAAGUGCACAGAACGAUGGACGUUACCGUCCUACGCCCACAGUGCGUCCACGUCUGCGUCCCACCCUCAUUAGUAACCCAAAUAAUGAUGGUCGCUAUCGCGGCGCGAACGAUGGACGCUAUAGCGGUGGAAAUGACGGAAGAUAUGUGCAUCAGGAUGUGCCCUAUGUGCACGACGAUCGCGCUGGUGGACAAUACGAGGGCAACACGGAUCGCUUUGGGCCAGGCGGUGGUGGCGCUGGUUUGUUCGGUGGCCCGGGGCGAGCUGGUACUGGCGGUAGCGGCGCGGGUUUGACAGCGCGAACAGCAACAAUGUCAAGGACAAAAGCAAGGAUUACACCUAGGGCAACUCCUAGGGCAACUCCUAGACCAACACCUAGAACUACGAAGGUAACACCAGCAUUACCGCGUGGUAGUGGAACUGGCGAGGGUGGUGGUGGCUGGCGCGUUCUGCAACUUUUCGAUAAGGAAGAAAAGGAUGGUUAUCAAUAUAUUUAUGAAACAGAGAAUGGCAUUUUGGCUGAAGAAAAUGGACGCAUUGAACAAUUAGCACCGGAAAAGGAAGGUUUGCGUUCGACUGGCUUUUACGAGUACACCGGCGAUGAUGGUCUGCUCUACCGCGUCGAUUAUGUGGCUGACGAUAAUGGUUUUAUGCCACGCGGUGCGCAUAUACCGACGGCACCGCCAUAUGUUGCCAAAUUGUUGGCUUACUUGGCUGCGAAUGCCAAGAAUUAAUUAACUUAAAAUGUUUUUAAAUUAUUUUCAUCUUAUCCGACUCUUUUUCAUAAACAAAUUGCGUUAAAAAUUAAAAUAAAUUCUAUUAAUCAUACGUAAUAUUUUUUAUUAAGAUGGUAAAUACAAAAUAAAUCUUUUCUAAAAUCGA